UUUGGUUCAAGCCUUGACACACUUGAGCUGAAUCACGCCCUGGCUAACGCGCCUGCGGGCCCUGUCCGCGAAGCCGAUGCCACUUCAGAGAAACGACCGCACAAGGCAUGGCUUUCGCGCAAAGAUGGCGUCGUGGAGGUUGGGGCCAGACGGCAAGAUUUCUGCCUGGAUGCUCACAUUCGUGGAUCCAGAUAUGGAGGAGGGUUUCCUAAACAGCAAUCGGAAGCAUGCGCGAUCCUCCUCUCGGGUCGUUCUCAUCAUUCUCAUGGUUCUGUGCGGGCUAUCAGUGCUGUUGUCCUACGUUGACGCUGCCCGCAGUGAGCCGUCAGAAGAAACUGACAGGCUGAGGCGGUGGCAGCUUGCUAUUCAACUCGCUUGUGUUGGCGCAGAGUUGUCAUCACUGGUCGCGUCAAUCGUGUUGAUGGAAUACGGAGUCAUAGGCCUACGUGGGAUGGAGGAUUGGCGGAUUGCUGCGAUUCUCGUUGGUAUUGUGUCUGAGGUUCACGUUUGCGCAAGCAUUAAGCAUUACAUUGCAAGGGCGUUAGGCUACGAGGAUCCGUGUGCGGCUUGGGGGGCGGAUCUCGGCGGUUCAGACGGUCCCUUUGUGUUGAGCCUCGUGAUUAUUGUCGCGUGCGCUGGUAUGUUGGUCAGGUGGAGAGCAUUUGUGCCAAUCGCAUUAUUCUCUGUGCUCGUAUACACGUCGGCAUCCCACAUCCUCGGUAGCCCAGACCAGAGGUUGGCCUCGACCAAUCUGCUUUUGCUCGUUUUUGCUCUGCUGCUGACGGGCUGCACGAAGCGGACCUCUGAGUUUCAGGCCCGCCUGCUCCACCUGGUGUACCUGGAGGAAAAACAGAUGCGGUUCCGGGCAGAGUACGCAAUGGAAUGCUUGAAGGACCGCGAGGACGUCGCCGUGGAGCUCGGAAGCCACAUGGGCGGCUCGUCGUACUUCGGGCAGUUCCUCGACAACCCGUGCCCAGACGACGGCAGCUGGCCGCCCACGCAGGGCUCGCAGGGCUCGCCGCCCUCGGUUCCGAGCAUGGUCCUGGGUGCCCCCGCCCACCUCGGACGUGCCUCCUCGGAGUCCGGGGCCAACGACCAGGCCACCCUGUGCUGGGGUUGCCUGCCGCUGGACGCCAGCGUGGCGGUCGAGGGCAGGCCCGACCCCUGCUCCCUGCGGGACCUCGAGAGAGGUCAGCGGGUGCUGUGUCACGACUCGCUGUCGCAGUCGGUCAGGUACGCUGAGGUCCUCGAGAAGCAGGUCGACGUUCAGGAGGGCCCGUGGGUCAGCGUCGGCCUCGAGGACGGGACGCAGCUUGCGAUGACAGCGGACCAUCCCGUGCAGCGGGCAAACCACAGAGAGGUGGUUCGGGCUGCAGACUUGCUCCCAGGAAGGGACAGCGUGGUCGUACACACGGUGUCGACAGCGCCCGUCAUCGUAAAGGAGGUGGCGCGGCAGCAAGAGGCACAAGGCACACCCGGCCUGGCCUGCCUGGCGGUGCGGAGCCCUGACCGGAAUUUAGUUCUGGUCGCGGAUACGGGGCCACAGGAGGACGCGAGGUCGAUGGCCGUGAGUUCCGGUGACGUCAGUGUUGCCGCCGCGCAUGUGGUGAGCACCCGCGGAAUUUUCCUGUAUGCUCACUCGGCCCCGCAAUUUGCGCGGGCUCGGUCGGAGCCACCCUGGCCUCGGCCAGCGUAGGCCGAGGACCUUAGGCGAGACUGAUCGUAUCUUGCUCAUCUUUUGCAAGAGGUGUUUCUGACUGGGAGCUUACCUUCACAGGAGCCGUGUACCUGCUCUGCUUGAGUAUCGGGUCGACGUCGGGGAAUGAUUAGCCCAGAGCAGGAAAGCGCCACAGGAGAUGGCCAUCCCAUGCUGGCAAAUGUUCUUGCUCAUUCGCUUCACGCUUUGGCGUUCUAGCAGAUCGCCUUCAGCCCAGUCGCUUGUCCUGGCCCAAGGGCCGACGUCGCCGCAGGACUUUGCCCGCGUUCAAGCGGGCCGACCAGAUGAGAAGCAUUGAGGAGCAGGAUCAGGAGCACGAGCAGGCCUUCACGUAUGCAGGGAGAGCGGGCACCAGCAGGGAGGAGGCAGAGGGUCGCCCCACUCGCUGGUGAGAAGCCUGCCCUGGGGAUCGCGAAGCGCCCACCCCAGGUUUUCGGCAGCUUGACGCACUUGCUGAUUGUGUGCCGCUUUGGCACUCCUUUUUUCCAGUGCCGCUUGUGCCCUGGGGUUUUAGUCUUUGAAUUGUUCUGCAGUUCUCUUCUACCUCGGAGGACCCGUCGUUCCGCUGGGCGGCAGCGAUGGAAACAAAAGAGAACUUCCGGC